AAGAAGAGCCAAAUUAUGAUAAUAGUGAGCUGGAUGAUGAUGGGUUGGACGAUAGUAGGGCAUAUGAUGAUGAGCUAGAUGAUGGUGAAUUGGAUAGUGAGCUGAAUAAUAAGUUUGAUAAAGAAAUUGAUCCCGAUUAUAAUGAUGAGAGUAUUGUAUAUUUAGAUAAAAAAAUGCAAAAUAAUGAGACAAUGGUAAUUGAUUAA